AUGGGUAGCAGCGAAAGUGUACCGAUUCCAGGUGGCGGUACUGAAGGCUACCAUGUUUUGAGGGUACAAGAAAACUCGCCUGGUCAGGCGGCAGGCCUAGAGCCUUUCUUCGAUUUCAUCGUAUCUAUCGGGAACAUUAGAUUGGACAAAGACAAUGACACAAUGAAGGAAAUUCUCAAACAGCAUAUAGAAAAACCUAUUGAAGUAACGGUUUAUAACAGCAAGACACAGACCGUUAGGCAAACUACUGUCGUGCCGUCGGAGAUGUGGGGUGGACAGGGUUUGCUCGGUGUUUCAAUACGUUUCUGUUCAUUUGAUGGUGCUAGUCAACAUGUCUGGCAUGUGGUCUCUGUUCAGCCCAACUCUCCGGCUUCAAUUGCUGGUCUAAUGUCAAAUUCCGACUACAUUCUCGGAGCUGAAAGUGUACUGAACCAAGCUGAUGAUCUAAUUGCCCUUGUGCAGGCGAAUGAAGGAAAACCGCUGAAAUUAUAUGUUUACAAUGUGGAUACAGACGUAGUUAGAGAGGUAAGCCUAACUCCCAACUCAGCUUGGGGUGGAGAAGGUUGCUUAGGAUGUGACAUUGGAUAUGGGUAUCUUCACCGAAUCCCGAUAUCAGUCGACCGCUCGAAACCAAAGAGUCCUGUUCCACCGGUAAGGAAUGUCAGCAAACCUCCGGCACCAUCUUCCUUCCCGGAUCCAAGCCAGUUUGCUGUUCCUCCCACUAUGCCGGCGCCUAACAAUUUUGCGGUUCCUCCAUCAUUUCCCCCACCUGCUCCCAGCGCAUAUGGUUCCCAGUCCACGUCGACUCCUGGACAAGCACAAACAUCACAUGGUUACGGAGAUGGGCACGCGCAUGACGACCAUGGACACGGGCACAGCCAUGAUCAUGGACUCAAUCAUUCCCACAGUCCUUCUCCGGCGCCACAGCAGCCUCCACAACCUCCUCAGCAAAUGGUGAGUUUCACCAUACCCUCAGGAUAUGUUAAAUUUGAAUAUAUUGCUUGUGUUUUAGCAUCAAUUCCUUCCGGUAUCCCCUCGGUCGUGCCGUCAAUGUUUGCACCGGGAACAUCGACAACAGCUGGUGGAUUUGCCCCACCUCCCAUCAAUUUCCCGAUGCCUUCGUUGAGUUCCAUCGGUAUAACUCAGCUGGCUCCGCCGCCAACAUCUUCACAGUUCUAUCCAGUUCCGCAGCAGUAA